AGGCUUGCCGCGGAUUGGUGGAUCGGCUGAGUCAGUGAAAGAACUUCGGUUUCCGGGUUUGCAGCCAGUCUGGCGAGAGCGUGUCACUCUGAAAGGAAAGAAGAGAUGAAGAGAGUCACCCUGUUUGUGAAUGGCAGCCCCAGGAAUGGGAAGGUUGUGGCUGUUUAUGGGACUCUAUCAGACUUGCUUUCUGUGGCUAGUACUAAGCUUGGAAUAAAAGCAACAAGCGUCUACAAUGGGAGAGGGGGACUCAUUGAUGACAUCGCUCUAGUUAGAGAUGAUGAUGUCCUUUUUGUAUGUGAAGGGGAACCCUUUAUAGAUCUCCAGACUGACAUAAACACUCCAGAAGCAUUAACAGGCUCUCAUUCAGAUUGGAUCACGCUCAAUGUUGGGGGGCGGUAUUUCACAACUACUCGGAGCACAUUAGUUAGUAAGGAACCGGACAGCAUGCUGUCUCGUAUGUUUAAAGAUAAAGAUGCCUGGGGAAACAAACGGGAUCACAGAGGAGCCUUCCUGGUUGACCGUAGUCCUGAGUACUUUGAGCCAAUUUUGAACUAUUUGCGCCAUGGACAGCUCAUUGUUAAUGAAGGCAUCAAUUUGCUGGGAGUUCUAGAAGAAGCCAGAUUCUUUGGGAUUGACUCUCUAAUUGAACAUGUCGAAGUAGCCAUUAAGAAUUCACAACCAGCUGAAGACCAUUCUCCUAUUUCUCGAAAGGAAUUUGUCAGGUUCCUUCUUGCAACCUCAACCAAGUCUGAACUUCGGUGUCAGGGUUUAAAUUUCAGUGGGGCAGAUCUCUCUCGACUAGAUCUCAGAUACAUCAAUUUCAAGAUGGCGAACUUAAGCCGGUGCAACCUGGCCCAUGCCAACCUCUGCUGCGCAAAUCUUGAACGAGCAGACCUUUCUGGAUCAGUUCUUGAUUCUGCCAACCUCCAAGGGGUGAAGAUGCUUUGCUCCAAUGCUGAGGGAGCAUCGUUGAAAGGAUGCAACUUUGAGGAUCCUUCUGGCCUUAAGGCUAACCUAGAAGGUGCCAACCUGAAAGGUGUCGAUAUGGAAGGGAGUCAGAUGACUGGAAUUAAUUUGCGAGUUGCAACUCUGAAAAAUGCAAAGUUAAAAAACUGCAACCUAAGAGGAGCAACCCUUGCAGGAACUGACUUGGAGAACUGUGACUUGUCUGGUUGUGAUCUACAAGAAGCCAAUUUGAGAGGAUCAAAUGUAAAAGGGGCCAUCUUUGAAGAGAUGCUGACACCACUCCACAUGUCUCAGAGUGUCAGAUAGGUGCAGAGAGGAACAGGAGCCCGCCUUUAUUGUAGGCCCAACACUUUUGCCAGGACUUGCGCUUCUAAGGAACUACCUCUAUGGUGCGGGCUUGGGAAUGUAGUAAUAGGAAUAGCUGCUGAACCAUAUUUGGAAAGCUAGUGGGGCUUUGGACUCAGAACUGUCGCUAUUCUUGAUGAAUACAUCAACUCCUCUGCACCACCACAUUCUAGAAUGCAUUUUAUGCUUUGGAUAUUAUUAUUUAUAAAAGAACAAUAUAUGCAAUUUAUAUUUAUUAAAUGUCUAGUUGCAAUAUAGGUCUUUUUAAAAUGGGAAGUUCCUACUGUACCUAUUGGCAAAGCUUUGCGUUGUUUUGUUCAUUUGGACAUAUUAAAUUGAAAUGAAGGUUAGAGUUUACUCGUCAGAUUUCUCCAAAGAGGAAGAAUAGUCAUCACAAGUAACACAUACUGAACUUCUGUAAGUUUGGAUUUAAUUAUUUGGUGGCUUGAAAGCAUUAAGCAGUGAAUGCUGUGUGUCUGUUUUUCCUGACUUACAGUGGCAGCUGUAAGGCCUGGCUUAAGGACAUUUGUGUCCAUUUUGAUCCCAUUGAAGUCUAAUGGAAGAUAAACGUUCAGUGUUAAAACUGCCUAUUGUUCAUUGUAGUGUCGUUUCAAAGCUGAUAUGUGCUCACAGCCAACAAUCAGUCUGCACCAGAUCCCUGCUGUUUUGUCAGUGGGGUGACAACUGUACCUAUAGCAUGUCAGUAUCCUGAAAGCUAUAACUGAUGGGUACUGUUACAGAUUUUUAAUCACUGUGAUAUUAAGUGGCACGUGUGACUUUUAAUUCCUCUUUAUUCAUGGCCCAAAUGUGGUUUUGAUGCUGCCUGGGAGACCCGGGUGCCAGUGGCUCAGUUUGGGGAAGAAAUUCCCUAGUAAGAGGUAUCUAGCCACAGAUGACUGUGGUGAUACAACCUAAAAUACCCAUUUCCAAAAAUUCAUGGGAGCAGAAACAAUUGCUUUGGGAAAGCAUAGAAAGCACUAUAAUAGAAGUCUAAGCAUCUUCUCAAUAGUCAGCAAUCAAAAUUGGAACUGAUGUUUCUCCAACUUCCUCAGUUACUUUUGUCCUUCAUCUAGUUCUACAAGCAUUAAGACAUUGGUUCUGAACCUGUAGGUCCCCAGGUGUUUUGGCCUACAACUCCCACAAAUCCCAGCCAGUUUACCAGCUGUUAGAAUUUCUGGGAGUUGAAGGCCAAAACAUCUGGGGACCUACAGGUUCAGAACCACUGCAUUAAGGGAAAGAAUAAACACUCCAAAAAACAAACACUCCAGAAUUAAUGCUGCCAAGGUAGGGAAGUGCAAUAGACCCUUCACUUUUCGAUACACAUAUGUUUUAGCUACUCCUGAAGUCUAUUCUGCAAACGCUUCUUCCCAGCAGCUCUAGUAGAUGCCUUUUUAUGGAAGGGAAGAUUUCUUUAGUCAACCACAAGAAAUGGGAGCAGCACAGUCUGCAAAAGUAACUGGGGCACCUAAUGUUAAAUAAUAUUCUAUAGAAAUAUUAAGGAGGUCCCAACCUAUGCAACUAUUAUAACUGCUUUAUAAAUUGCAGUCUUGGAUUGAUCUGCACAGUUGGUUUCAAUAAGUAUGUGGACUGUUUGCAUUUUAAAACCUUGCUGUUUUGUGUCCUAUUGAGGAACUGCUAGCUUCAACUCAUCUUACACAGAAUGUUUACUUGCCAUUGUGAGUUCAAAUAUGUUUAUCCUAGCAAAAUUAACAUUCUGUUCCAAGCGUAUUAAGCAAUCUUCUUUCAGUCACAUUGGUGUCAUUCUUUGGGCUUAAAAUAGUAAAUACCGUAGUUCUCUCGGGGUGAUUCCUCCAAAGUUUGGAGGGGGGAGGUUUACAUUAUUUAAAGGUGUGUCUUCUUUCAAGGUACCCAUGCCACUCUCACAAGGACAAAAUGUAGAUUUUCAGGUCUGAAGAAGUCAAUGUAGCUCUUUGCCUUGCCUUGUUUGUAUCAGACAGGUGUAAGAGGCUGUAUUAAAGAAUUCUAUUUUCUUAGAUCGCCAUGUAUAAUCUUGUGCAUUUCACAGAAGUCGACUGUCUUGAGUAAAGCCUAGCUCUGCUCACCUUAUGGAAAAGAGACCAGAUUCAAUGUUACAAAGCAGACUCAAUGGGCUUUGUCAGAGGGUGACACGUCCACUGCUGUACAACUGCCCCAAUAAAGAAUAUCACAUACUUA